GGUCGAAUUCAGGAGCAAUUGUCAUCGGCGAUUUAAUUUUGUAAUUAAUUUGUAAUUAACGUCCAAAAAACAGACUGACGCGCCUCAGCACGAAGUGGAUAAUUAUAUCUUUUGCCUCGCGAGAUUUCUAGAGCUACUACAUUGAUAUAAAAUUAAUCACGGCACAUCGGAUGAAACUAACAGCAUGAUAAAGAUGUAUACAAUGCUCGUAUCUUCAACUUUAAUACAAUCAUAAAUGAUACUAAUGUCGAGUGGAAUAAUGUUUCAUUAAGAUCGACAAGAUACUACAGGCACUGAGCCGAAGGUAUUACACCUAAUCAAAAUAUUAUGACUGUAAAACGAAGACUCUUUCAGUAAAUCAUAAUUCAGCGGAAAAUGAGUCAAUUUAUUUUGAAAAAAAUAAGAAGGGAGCGGAAUGUUUCGAAUAUCUUUAACGACUCCACCGUGUCUGUGUCAUCUUACGUACGCAUAUUUACUUACUGCACAAAACAUUUCGUAAUUUAUAGUGAUCCUUUUUGCCUUCAAAAUCUACAUUCUCUUACGAAUAUUUGCUUUAUGAUACUGUCUGUUAUUGCCUUCGCAGAGACUAUAAAAAUUAAUUAAAGAACGAAUUUAAACAUUCGAGCGUUCUUAGGGAAAUUUUGUUCCUUGCUUCGUUACCUGGCCCGAUUUCUACCAGUAAGGACGAAGAACAUCCUCUGUACCAAAAUCUUUCUAAUUCAUCUCCUACUAUGUCUUACAAGAAGUUUAAACAUAACAAAAGAAAAUUCAGCAGUUCGAUCGGUGGACCAAAGCAAGAGGAAGAGACUGAUUGCACUUGAUUGCACUUAACUCCCUGGGUCGUGCAGCGGAGGUGCAUGGAGGUGCACUGGAGGGUGCGCGCGCGCGACUAUCGACCAGAUCCUCUGGUCUCUCCUCCUCUCUGUUACCUCGGUGUCGACGACACCUGUAUUUUGUUCGAAUCCCGGGCCACGGCAAGGCCUCGUCACUGGCCGGAACGUCUUCCGGGGAUCGGGGAACUGGCCGAUCCCCGCGUGGCCACGUGGAAAACAUGAGGAACAAAAGACUGAACGGUGUCCCAUCGUUCUGUAUUUGUUUCUCUCGUCCGAUCUAAUUCGAACGUUGCUCUGUACGUUAUCUGUCGCGCCAAAGGAAGUCGACCAGACGUAUUCCGGAAGCUGACCGGUGCUUUGAACGCGAAGUCGAGGAUCCUUGAUGCCGACUACGGGCUUGACCCUGUCCGUUCGGCCCGCUAUGGGACAGUGAAUCAGUUUGUCUGUUGGUGAUGGUGCGAGGAUGCUGUACCGUUUGAUAAUUGAUUUAUGGAAGCGUAUUGGAAGAUCCCUGGUAGAAAGACAUCAGGAGCGCAGUUGGUGUAGCGGGGGUGGCUAGGUCUAAGGGGCAGUGGUCACGUAACAGGUCGGUGACGGAGGUGCGUCAAAUUUGACCUGUUUCUCAGAUGGAUCGUUAACCAGAAUGCCUGACCUCUCGUUACAUUAAAAUGCAUCGAAACGAUAGAUUGGUUGCAUUAAAGUGCACCGAAUUGAAACCUUCCUGACGGUGAUCAACGUCGAAUCAGGGCCGUUCAUUGCGUUCAAGUGUGUUAAAUUGAGGGCCAUCCGUAAGUUCCAGCUACAACCACGAAGUGGUGCGAUAUUUUCUUCAGCAUCUUGGCAACAAUUGGACGAAUUAGGAUCAACGAUCCACUUUCAAGCCAGCUACAACGAAAAACAACGGCCUGUUGAUUAGUAUCGACGAGUACCCCCCGGCAGUCUUCCAGGUCCAGGCUGAUCGGGUCAGGUGGACAGCAUCUGUCUGAGCUACUUUCAAUUCUCAUCGCUGCUGAUGUUCGACAAUCUGUUAAUUAUAUUUACAUAGUUAACGCAAUUUUAAUUGAUCGUGGGAGGACAUCGAUGAACGUGGUAGAUACGAUAUCUUCGAUCUUGAUAAGGAUUGUACCACGGGCGAUGAAAUACUCGCGAAUUUUUAGUGUCUUUCAAUCACUCGAAACUGGUUGGCAAAGAAGGUUCCUCUGGUAUGUGCGAUUACUUUCAGGACGAGGUAGCGACUCGUGGCGGUAAAAAGGUGUUGGACGAUAAGAGAGGCAUUUUCAAUUUGGAAAUCGAGAGCAAGAUACACAGGAGUCGCUUACGAUUACAAAGAUGGUUACUAGGACUUUUAAUCUUUUUGUUUAUCUCGUUGAUCGUUAUAAACACUUACAGCACCGAUCAAUUUCGAACUAUGCGAUACGGCACCCUCUUCAACGACACUCUUCAAGAAAAGUUGAAUAACGCUGGCUUCUUAGUCCACAACAAAGGCUGCCGAAUCCCAGCGAUGGAUCCUUACGAUGUCGCGAUCAAACGUUUCAUCCGCAAAGAGGAUCCGAUCGUUUGCGAACACGGGGAUCAUUUACCGUUGGUCGAGUCGAACGACACAUCGCUGUUCGUGAAUCCAGCAGCGAUAAGUCAUUUUUACAACAAAUCCGAGGAGGUCGACUGCUGUUGGCGUUCAUUUUGGCGAACGAAGGACGAGGAUAAUGCUGUUACGUACGAUAAUAAUUGCUUCAAAUUCCAUAAUUCCACCACCGUCAACACCGAAUUCGUCAAGGUCGAAUGUUCCCGGAACAACGAGCUGAUAUACAAGGAUUACCACGUCUUCCUGCCCCGUAAUUCAGCGCUCGAGGAAAGAUGCGAAAAGGCAAGAGCUUCGAAUCCGAAGAGAAAACCGCUCAGUUUGCUGAUCAUCGGCAUCGACUCGGUCUCGAGGAUAAACUUCCACCGAAUGAUGCCGAAUACCGUGCAAGCGUUGCAGCAACUAGCUGCGGUGGAGAUGUUGGGUUACACCAAGGUAGCCGACAACACGUAUCCGAACUUGGUGCCCGUGUUAACCGGCCUGACCGAGGGUGAACUCCGCGACCAAUGCUGGCAGACGAAAAACAAACCGUUCGACGAUUGUCCGUUCAUUUGGAAGAACUUCAGCGCGGCUGGUUAUCGUACAGCGUUCGGCGAGGACGCCUGUAGCAUCACGACGUUCAACUACCUGAAGCCAGGCUUUCGUGUCCAGCCGACGGACUACUAUCUCCGACCUUUCUGCAUCGCCUCCGAGAAGAACAUCGGCAAUACUCAUAGACUGAACGCGAAUCUCUGCGUAGGCACCAGAAAGACCUUCGACAAUUUGCUGCACUACGCUCGUAAAGCAGCCUCGCAGUUCCCUAGGGAUCCUUACUUCGCUAUGGUCUGGCAGUCUAGCUUGACCCACGACUUCUUUAACUACCCGCAGUUGGGCGAUCAGUCCUACUACGAAUUGAUCACCUAUCUGUCCAGCCAACGAUUGCUCGAUCAAACGGCUUUGAUAGUGAUGAGCGACCACGGGAUGAGAUGGGGCAGCUUCCGCGAGACUUAUCAGGGCAGGAUGGAGGACAGUCUUCCGUUUGUAUUCAUCGUGUUGCCGGACUGGUGGAAGGAGAGCUACCAGGUGGCUUGGGCCAAUCUCCGAAGAAACGCGAGGAGCUUAACGACUGCCUUCGACCUGCACGAGACCCUCCUGGACCUCUUGUACUCGGAGAAUCUGGAGGAGUCACGGCUGAAGAGUCGUUUUCACUUGAUGCCGAAAGGGGACAGUCUGCCACGUGGGAUAAGUUGGUUCCUGCCGAUUCCUGAUCACCGAAGCUGCACCAUGGCGGGCAUAGCCAGUCAUUGGUGCAUGUGCCACGACAGCAAAGAUGUCGAUUUGAAGGACGACAAGCUCAAAGACAAGGCUGCGUUCUUAGUCUCGAAGCUGAACGAGAUGCUGAAGAAGUUCGCCCAAUGCGCGGUGCUCAAACUGAAGGAAGUUAAAGGUGCGAAAGAAUGGAGAAACACGGGUGAUGGGUCGGAACUGGUUGACUAUACGAUUACGCUUCAGACCGAACCUGGUAACGCGAUAUUCGAGGGCACGGUACGUUACAGGAGCAGCGAUAAGAGUAACAAAUUGGUCGGAUCGGUGAGCAGAUUGAACGCGUACGGGAAACAGAGCGCUUGCGUCGAUGAAUUUAAUAUGAGACUGUAUUGUUACUGCCUCUAAUUGAGCCGCGCACACGAAAUUGCCCGAGGGGUGCUCAACUGCCCUCGUGUUUUACUACUUACCGUGCGUGUCUGUAAAGCCUACAUACGGUCUAAUAAGUUGAUUUUCAUAUUUUCUCAAAUGAUCUAAAUCUUGAUGGCCACAAAUGGAAUCGUUAACGCCAUCAUUGAAACACGAGAUAUCUCGUGAACGGUCGUUUAAAUGUUAAGAUGGAUAGCGCGUGAAGAAAAUCACACUGUGAUAAGAUUCUUGCUUUAAAGGUUUCGUGCUUAACAAAUGCAACGUUUGAUGCUACUGAUAUACCGGAUAGAAUUAAUAAGUAAUUAAGUAUACUUAAUCGCGUGCGUGCGUGCGUGCAUGUAUAUAUAUGUAUAUGUUUAGUCCACUGUGAGGUAUGUGUCUUUUUGAACUGCUAAGACAGAUAAACAACUUUUUAAUUAACACAGUAGUAGCGUGCAAAGCUGUUUCAUUUUUCUAUGGUACUAUAUUGUAAUCCAUUGUUUGAUAGCAUAUACGUUGUCAUCACCACGUGUUAUUAUCGUCACUGUAUUUAUUUCACUAACAUAGCGGUUCGAUUUAAAAAUCACAAAAUAGCCUAAGAUAAAAGUUUACAAACUUUUUGUAGUUGAAUUUGUAACUUAUACUUGAAACUUAUUUUUCCACACGUGUAGAAAACAGAAUAUAAUUUCUCUUAAACAGAUUUUUUAUACAAAAAAAAAAAAAAAUAAAGUUUCUAAGAAAACCAUUUAUUUUCCCUGUUUGCUACAGCAACCCACAUAGAUUAGUUGUAGAUAAUGUUAUGUCUCGAGUUCAAAAGAAAUUUUUCUUUCACAAUGGACUAAACUUACUAUGAACAAUCUUAAAUAUCUCAAAGUUCAAAUACCAGUUAAAUGGUGGAUAAAGAAUUAUUUUAAUUAUUAGCCAUUGCUUUUCUACUAUCAAUAUAUUUAUUUAAUCUUUGUUCAACGUUCAGAAACUGAUUUUGCAAACCAUUUUAUCGAUCAUUUUCUAAUAGCUUUUUUUUUCACGGGUUAAUACUUGGAACAUUUACAUAUGAUAAAAAUAGAAAAAUUAUAAUUUAUUUCUGAGCUUGCAACAGAGAAGUUACUAUUCAGAAAACAAUAAAAUAUCACAACGCGUUGCGCGUUGUAUCUGACAGAAUUAUACUUGAAUUUUUCUAAACACAGUACAUACAAAGAUAAUGAAUAAAUCUUUGUAAAAUACGAAAUAA